UGACAACUACGUUUGUUGGGUUGUUAUGUGUUGUUUGCAGACAGACGUAGUGAAAGAGUAUCCCAUCAUAUUGUAGGAGAGUUGUGAAAAUAUGAUAAUGAUGUAUUGCCGCCUCGAAGAACAAGUGUGUUCAUCCAAGCUUGAAUUAAGCUAACAGCAGUGUGGUGUAAAAUCUGCAAAAGUGUCUUGUCAUCCUUCCCGUGACUCAAACUGACUGUUGGAAAAUAAGAGAUCGAGCAAAAUAAUUAAGAAGAGCGUUGAUCACCGAGGAAGGUUAAACACAAAUGUGAACAAGGGGCAAAGACUUAAUGGAAAACAAGAGAAAGCGGACCUAUGGAGUGAUCCAGCGACAGACGUCACAAGACAGCCUCGGGGAGGCGCCGCACGGGACGCCGGUCACAUUCAUCGCCUCGACCUCACCGCCUCGCACCUCACACCGCCGGCAACCCCUGCUUCCCUGCUCUCCACCCGGCCAGUGAGAUCCAAGAAUAAUAAGGCCGGGAGGACAAUGGGCAGGAAAACGUCACACUGAGAGGAGAGUGUUCAAUGGCAGUCUGGCCGCGGCAUGGGCGUCCUGAUGGGGAAUAAUAUCUGCGAGCCUCCGAGCGUCAAAAACAUUCCCGCCUGAGUGACAGACGUUGGCGCCAUUACGUGACCAUCCCAGUAAUGAAGCGGGUGGUGCCGGCGCUGGUGGUGGCGGUGGUGGUGGUGGCGGCGCCAGGUGGGUGCAGUGCCAGCCCGCUACCUGUCCGCGUGUCCCCUCAGGCGUCCCACCGCGAGAGACUGCAGGCCGCCCGAUCCCUCCUGGCCUCCUCGCCGCUGAUUGAUGGCCACAACGACCUGGCGUGGAAUGUUCGCAAGUUCCUGCACAACAAGCUGCGAUCCUUCAACCUGUCCAGCGACCUGACGAAGGAGAAGCCGUGGAGGGACUCGCCCUUCUCCCACACCGACCUGCCGCGGCUCAGGGCGGGACAGGUGGCGGCCCAGUUCUGGUCGGUGUACGUGCCGUGUGAGGCGCAGUACCUCAACACGGUGCAGCUUCUCCUGGAGCAGGUGGACGCCGUGCGCCGCAUGGUGGCCGCCAGCCCCGGCCACACCACGCUGGUGCGCUCCCCGGCAGAGAUCCUGCAGGAGUUCCGGCGCGGGCGCGUGGCGAGUCUGUUGGGCGUGGAGGGCGGACACGGCCUGGCCAGCAGCAUGGGCGUGGUGCGGGCGCUCUACGACCUCGGCGUCAGAUACGUCACGCUCACCCACAAGUGUCACACGCCCUGGGCGGAAUGCUCGGAAGACGGCCCAUCACGACCCAACACCCCGGGACUCACGCCCUACGGCAAGGAGCUAGUGAAGGAGAUGAACCGCGUGGGCCUGCUGGUGGACCUCUCGCACGCCUCCUCCAGUACCGCGAGGGACGUGCUGGCCGUCACACGCGCCCCCGUCAUCUUCUCCCACUCGGCCACCCGCGCCCUCUGCGACAUCGAGAGGAACGUGCCCGACGACGUCCUCAGUUCGCUGGCUGACAACGGCGGCUUGGUGAUGAUCAGCUUCUACAACGACUUCCUCACGUGCGGCCAGACAGCCUCCAUGCAGGACGUGGUCGCUCACAUCAACCACGUACGGACCAUGGCGGGGGUGGACUACGUGGGUCUCGGUGCGGGCUACGACGGGAUCAACAGGACUCCCACAGGCUUGGAGGACGUGUCGAAGUAUCCUGAGUUGUUUGCGGAGCUCCUGAAGGACUCCACGUGGUCACUACAGGAUCUGAAGAAGCUGGCGGGACUCAACCUCCUGCGGGUCCUGUCUCAGGUUGACCAGGUGCGCGAGGAGCUGGCGGGGGAGAAGCCGUCGGAGGAGAUCAUCCCUAUCCACGACAUCGACACCCGCUGGCCCUGCAGGUACAAGUUCGCGAGCCUCGACGACGUGCGCACCUGACCUCCUUAUCUUUGCCAGGACAGUUAACGAACACAAUCAUUAGUAUAAGAAAAAGUUGUGUUUGGCAUAAAAAACGGGGUGGCUCCUGUACCUCGCGUGCCGUCUUCACGUGCGACGCUUGGAGGCUCGAGGGAAGGCGAUGAGGGAUUUGUGAGUAUCUUCGUUUCUUUGUGCGCCCUGUGAACGUGAUUGAAGUGUGAGAGAAAGGAGUGAACCAGCCAAGAAGUCGACAAAAUAUGGCCGUCAAAAUAAAAAAGUGUAACAAGCGAUACCUGGGAGCUUGUCGAGGUGUGAGGAGGAAGGCGUGGUGGUGAAUGUUCGCCCCGUAUACGUGACUGAAAUGUAAGAUAAAGAAGUGAAUCAGUCAAGAAGUCCGUAAAAAAAUGGCUGUCGGAGUGAAAACGUGUGACAAGCGAUACCCGGAAGCUUGUCGAGUGUCCCAAACUGGUGUAAAGAGGAAGGCGUAGUGUGAAUGUUCGCCCUAUAUACGUGACUGAAAUGUGAGAUAAAGAAGUGAAUCAGUCAAGAAGUCCGUAAAAAAAUGGCUGUCGGAGUGAAAACGUGUGACAAACGAUAACCAGGAGCUUGUCGAGUGUCCCAGAGUGGUGUGGGAAGGAAGAGGAUGUGGUGGUGUGUUGGUGAGUGUUCGCCUUGUGGGAGCAGCGGAGUGAGUCAGUGGAUCAGCGAGUCAGCAAAUAUGUCCUUCAGAUUGAAAGCGCUAAAUUAGAUUACCAGGGAACAUGUCAAGAUUCAUAAAAAAAUAUCAAGACAAUAAUUUGUUUUUCGAGACAGUCACACCCUCUCCCAUCUCCCCCCCCCCCCCUCCCCUCCUCGCCAUGAAGAAUGAAUCCUUCGCCAUUAUUCUUCGGGGUCAAAAAUCUUCUGUUGGUCCAUUUGGCCUCGACCGUAUCUCGCGCCGGACUCCCGCUCGCCAGGACUCCUCAAGUUGUUGUAAAAGAAAAAAAAAAAUCGCUCCUCGACUUCGUAUUUUCUAUUUCGUUUCACUUUCUAUUUCGUUUCGCCAUUAACUUGUCAAGGUUUUUGCAGUUUUCUUUUAUUUUCUGUUUCCUUGCUGUCACUUGCGUUGCUGGAGAAAAGCUUUUGCGAUCUGUAUUUCAGUCUUUCGUUUCUGAGACCUGAAGCUUCAGAAGAAAAAAGCACCGGCGGGAAAUAAUACGAGUUCUGGCAAAUAAUUCAAGGAACGAAAUUCAAUCAUCAUUUGAGAGAUAUAAAGUUAUUGGAUUUUUUCAGGAGGUUCUUUGCGCUAAUUUGAUUUGGGUUUCUUUCCAUGUCUUUUUUUUUUUUUACUUGUUUUUUAUAGGAAGGGUGACCGUUCAGGUGCAAAAAACAUAAACAGCAACAACAACAAAAAGCCCGCUAGAUGCUGCGUUUCUUUGUAUCCCUCUUGCUUUUUAUUCUAUUUUCUUUCGUUUUUAGUUUUCUUUCUUUUUCUCUUCAUCUUGCUUCAUUUUUUCUUUCAUUUUAAUUCUUUCUUUCCUUCCCUGUUAUUUAUUCUUGCAUUAUUUUCUUCACUUUAUUCCUUAGUUCUUUCAUUCUCUCUCUACGCUUUUCUCUAUCAUUCCUCCUCUUUUCUUCUUUUUCUUAAUGUCUCACAGUAAGUCCAAUCAUCUAUUUCGUAACGUCACAACAGAUUCCCGGCCACAACAUAGUAGACCACAGUACCGACGUAGAACACUGUAGAUCCAUCCCAGUGCGUCCCUUCUAUCAACCUCUGUGUGUGUGUGUGACGACCUAAAUACGGCACGGUGUCUUUUCCUGUAAUCACGGACAUCUCGGCUGCUCGGGGGAGACAAUAACAAUCUAUUCUUCAACAGUUUAUCUUGUUAAAAUAAUUGAAUUUAUGCAGAAAUAUAUA